CAGGAAUGCUGCAUCCCAUUUGAAUAAUAAUCAAUUUGUGACACGUGUUUAUCCGGAAUGACUUUAAGCCUGUUGGAUGGACAAGUUCCGCAAUGGAUACUUUUAUCACUCCAAGUCUUGUCAAUACAAGGUGAUCCAAGUACAAAUUUCACCAAAUGGCUUGAUAUGAUCCCAAAGUCUGGAUUGCCACCUGUCUCACCGAUACUCAAUCCGGAAGAGCGACGACAUUUUAAACCCAUUCCUCGUUCAUGGCCAAGGUACAAAUUUCAGCGUACCUUCGAUUGCUAUACUUGUCAAAACUGCAUUGCAGAACCAAAAACCGUUCUCAGGACUGAGAGCGAUUGCACAGAAUGUGUUGUCAUCCAUACAAGGCCCAACCCACCAUAUCGGAUGUGUAAUAGAGGAAAUACCUCCAUAUGCUUGAGCAAUACAUCUGCUCGAUGCUGCCGGAGCAAUCUAUGUAACCACGCAACAAAAUCGCGUGGGUUACAUUACUUGAACUACACGGUUUUGACUAUUUGGACCGUAUACCAGUUCGUCGUCUUUCUGUCAAAUUAGAUAACUGCUGUUGACGUUAUCUGUAGUUGGAUGACUUGUACAAUUUUGCACCAUGCUACAAUGUGUAACACCUAAAAUAUAAAUAACGUCAGUGCUGCAAAUCUGUUUGUGAUACCAGGG